GACACAUGCUGGAGCGUUGCAGCGAUUUGUUUUCUUGUGGUUUUUAUUUCAAUAGCCUUAGAGCGAUCGUCCGGGCUUCUAUAUAUCGCUUUCAUGAAUGAAUUUGGGGUGGACCGUCAGACCGCUUCUUGGCCGCAGAGCGUUAUGAUAUGCAUAACUGGUCUCAGUGGUCUCACCGUGGGACUACUUAAAAAGAAAUAUUCCAUCAGGCACAUCGCAAUUGUAGGGAGCAUUACGGGAUGGAUCGGCAUCAUGGCAGCUGGAUUUGCGCCCAAUAUUAUCUGGAUGUCUAUCACUCUUGGGGUCGCUCACAGUAUCGGGAACGGCGCAGUGCUCUUGGCUAUUAAAAUAUUUACGGUAAUGUAUUUCGAGAGGUGCAGAAGCAUUGCCUUAGGAAUUGCUUCAACAGGAAUAACAGCCGCAGGUUUUGUCUUUCCAAAGCUGCUCUUGUAUUUAAGAAGUGCCUAUGGUUUUCCGAAUACUCUGCUCCUCCUCGGUGCCCUUUCGAUUAGCACAACUCCACUCGUCUGCUUGCUUAAGGUUCCCCCCUGGAGGAACCUCAGCGAUAGGAAAGGAUCGACCUCAUCCCUUCGUCCGCUCACAUCUGUCUAUGGUCUCGAAGAUCCCGCAUGUAUUUUGCCUUUCUAUAAAUCAACUCAGAACACGCGGGCAAUUAGUGAUAUAAUUCGUUCUCCGGUCUUUCAUGUUGUCGUCUGGUCGACAGCAGCUACGUUCACACUAGACCUAAUGUUCCUGACAACAAUCACCGACUUUUCCAUAGACAAGGGCCUUUCUCUCGACGAUGCCGUUUGGAUGUCUUCGUGUUUUUCAUCAACUAAUCUGGUAGGUUGCCUGUGCCUUCCCUUUUUUUCUGACAAGCAAUAUGUUCGCCGUAGUACUUUGAUGGCGUCCACCCAGCUCCUUACGGGUGUUGUCAUGGUGAUAACGCCUUUAGCAGCCACCUACUGGUCCAUCGGGUGUAUUGUUGCGUUGGCGUCGUGUUUUGGUUCUUGUUCGAUUCUUCAACACGAAGUGCUAGCGGCCGACUACUUCGGUGUCGAGUACUUUGUGUUUCUUCAUGGUAUCAUUGGCCUCGUGAGGGUGCCUCUACUAUUUUGCAGUCCUGUUUUUGUGGGAAUCUUUCGUGACCGAACGGGGUCGUACGACAACUUGUAUCGGCUUCAAGGAGGACUCGUUCUAUUUUUGGGAAUGUUGUGGUUGAUAGUUGUUUACUGCGAGAGAUGUCUGUCAUUCUUUCCCAGCCUACGACGAGAAGAGACACCGAAGUCAAAUACCGUCCUCGUCAUCUAA